GCCCAUCACCCCUGGACGGCCCAGGGGCACCUCUCGGUCUCAUCGACUCGCGUUUUCCAUUUCGUUUUCGGAACCGGUGCCUGGCGUGGCGUUGCGUUCGGUGCGCAUUUCGUUUUUGUUUGCCGUUGUCCGGUGGCGGCGGGCGUUGACUGUUGAGCACCGAAUUCGGGGCCCCUCCCCGACCCCCGGCGGCCUGAGCCUCCUGCGGCCCGCUCGCGACUUAAUUCCGCACCGGCUCCCGUACGGAUCGUUGAUGGACCUCCCGUUUCCGUUUUGUUUCGCUUCGGUUUCGCAGCCCGCUUCCGGUUUCGUGAUCUACCCGCUUAGUGCAAGUGCAAGUGUUCUGUUUUCUCCUGCAAGUGCUCUUCACCCUCCUCGUCUGUGAUUUUCCCUUGUCCAGAAACUCGCCGAAGAUGAGGAAACGGAACUUGAGGGCCAAAUGAUAUUCGGUUGAGCUCGACCCGGCAGCCACACCAAAAAUCAAAGGAUUUUGACCCGAGGCAAAUCAGGGACCGAUCAUGGACCUGAAAAAGAACGCGCCACUGAUCAGCAUCAAGCUGAUCAUGUCCCUCUUAAUAGUGCUUUUCGUGUCAAUAAUGAGUGUGCGAACUGAGGCGGACAGCCUGUGCUUUAGGUACGAUAAAAGAAUCAACAAAUUAGUAAAACUAUUAGAUAAUUUUUUAAGUAGGGACUCUAUCCAGUUGCUGGACGGAAUAGUCAUUAAGAAAUACAAAAACCAAAAAUCUAGUGGUAGUGUUAGUAAUAGUAGCGAUUCGAAUAAAAAUAGCGAUGUGAAUAGUGAUCCGAUUCUAAACCAAGAUAAUAAAUUCGUUUUUCAAAUAUCCAAUAUGUCCAACAGUGUAAGUGAGAAUCAGUGCAGUGAUUUCGACGAUUAUAUAUUUCAAAAAUUGGGAGAUUUUUUCACGGAAAAAGUGAUCGACAUUAGGAUUCCUCUGGUGCUCGACCAAAGUUUGUCAACGGAAAACGCCGAAACUGCCCGAGUGUUCAGUAAAAGCCCGUUUUUGACUGGAUUUGGGCUGGGAUUCCUGGCAUUCGGACUGAAGAAACUGCUGUUGCCUCUUUUCAUCGGAGCGCAAAUCAUCAAGUCAAUAUUAAUAGCCAUGUUCUUGCCUAGUAUUCUCGGCAGCGUCGGAAAAUUGGUCGGAAAAGGAGUGUCAACGUUCGCGCAGUCUUCAGGGUCCUCGGGUCUGGGCGGGGGUGGCGGCGGGGACAGCAUCUCGGACUUCGACUUCAAGGACACCGGGGCCGCAAGCUCCAACACCAACACCAACACCUUCGGGGACUCGGAGGGUGCGGGCUCGGAGACCGGCUAUAACGGGGUGUGGACGUUCCCGGACAAGAGCCCGGCUGCCAGCGCCAUCUACCGCAACCCGGCCGCCUCCUACGCCCCCCUCACAACCGGAUAUGGUGCUAGUCAGAACAACUACGUCGCCUCCUUCGGCACGGACUUCAAUCCCCCCAAAUCAUCUACCUCAUCCAAAUACUCCUCAAAAUUCAACUCAGAUUCAAACAAAACGAAGCAGCAGUACGGGAUAAGCGAAAGUUUCUACACGAAAGAAAAGCAGCAGGACUACAAGGUAUUCCAGAAUAUACCGUCUUCCUCGCAGCUGCUGGCCAACUACGAUCCUUUCUACAGCCCGCUCCUGUCAAGGAUCGAUGCCGUCUUCAAAACGUUGGGUUACACCGUUGAGUCUUGUCGAGAGAAACUCGUGUGUUUCAUGUACAAGAACCCGGCAAAAUAUGCUCCUUACAGCAAUCUAAUCUCUGCACAGCUCAGCAGGGAGCUCAAUGAAUUGCGGAAACCCUCGACAGACAACCCAGAGAUCCUCAGGUUCUUCAGGUACAUGAAGGCUGCCAAGGACGGGCAAGAUGGUCAAGAGUGCGAUCUUAUUUACCCAGGUUGCACAGUUCCCCGAGCACCCAACGACAGUCCACCGAUGGUAUCAACGUUCAACGAUAUCAACAAGCUGGUUCAUGCUAGACAUCUCCGAUUCCAGCAAGGAAAAACGUAAAAACCGCCUUCAACCUACCAGAACGCAACACGCCAUACUCAGUGCGACGCCAUUCAAAAGUGCCAAACGCGUUAUUGCAGUUUUGAAUAAGCAAGUGCCCUCUACCUCCACCGAAAUCUGUCUUCAUUCAAUACAAUUAUGAAGCCAUCUUGUUAAAACUUAUGUUAUUAGCUGUAAAAUAAAACUGAACCAAAGAAGAGAUCUAAUAUUUUGAGGAAAAAUGUUUGUUUUCUUAAAACUUCAAAAUGAAACUAGGUUGGGUAAACCAACAGUUGCUGAUUUGACAGAUGAUUUUUAAGAAUCCAUGAUUUUAAAUGUUACAUGUAAUUUUACAGGAACUGCUCGUUGAUUUUGCAAUAAUGUAGAAGGAAGACGAUUGAUUUAUUUCUUUUGAUGUGGAAAGUUAACGAUAUUUUUUUCAAAAUCAACGAGAUGCAGCCACAUAAUUUUCACUUGAAUCAAAAGAAAUGUUGUAAAUAUGAAAAUAGAAAAAUACUUACUAAUUUUUCAAAUGUAAUUGUAUUUUCCAGUUUUAAUGAAACAAACUUUUUUUUAUAUUCAAAUUCAAUGCAGCUCUUCAUUUUCUGCACAGAGAAAUCUAGCAAAAUGCAAGGAAAAAUUUUGAGCAGAAUUUUCUUUUGUGCAUUUAAAUUGAGAGUUACUUCAAUUUUAUGAUCAACAAUUUUUGACCAAGAAAGACGGAGGACUAACAGUUCAAACUUCCAACGACGAAAAAGUUAAAAGUUCUGACCUGAAUAUCGGAGGUGCAAGAUGUUUUAAAAUGGUUUUGUUACCACUCACAUUCAAUUAUGAAUAUUUCCACAUUUCUCGCUCAUUUCUUUUGAUGCAAAAACCUAGUUUGAUCCUCUGCUCUGACAAUAAGGAAAUGCGGAGCAAAAUGACGUAUUUACAUUGCUGAAAUCCAAGCUCUAGUGAUAAAUUUGCCACUGCCUAUGCUGAUGUAUGUUCUCCUUCAUAUACAAUUUCGUAACUAGAAAAUGUAAAAAAAAAACGCAUUUUUAAACUUCCAAAUGAACAUUCUGGUGACAUUGUCUCAAAGUUGAGAUCAUAAAAUAACGUAAAAAGCUUAUCAUAAGGAUCAGUUCUUAUAUUGAAAGAAAAAAGAGGAGUGAAGUUGGCUAGAAUUUCUCUUAAGAGAAAUAAUUUUUGACUUGUUUAACCAUAACGUUGAACUUAAUCCAAAUAUUUUAUUAUAGGAGCGAGAUGGAAUACCUCUGCCCUAACAAAUAGCUGCUUACAAACAUCACAUUUGCAGAACGGUCAUUUUCAGUACCUGCAUAUAAACAAUGAGAAAAUAAUCAUGAUAUAUUAUUUGUUUGCCAAUGAUACUAUGAUUCCAAGACUCUUUGUAUCUCAGGUUUUUGGAGCCAAAUGAUGCAACUGAUACUUAAUAUACGUAUAAAAACACCAAAGGUAAUUAAAAUCUUGACUGCUGACCGCGCAAAUUAGAUAGUCGAACUCGUUGCAACAACCUAAACUGUUUUGCAUUUUUGCAGAUAAAUAUCUGGCUCCAGACAAGGGGGAUUGAUUUACUUUUUAAAGGGAAUAUCCCGUUGAUCCUUGAAAUUUAUAAUAACAUCAACAAAAAUAGUUUAAAACAGAAAGUGGGUGCGAACUAAUGUAUGUUGUUUGACAGACUGUCAUUGUACAUUAGAUAUUUUCGUUUGUUUUUGUGUAAAGCUCUUAUUGACUGUAAAUGACAUUUUAGUCGACUCAAUCAGAAUGGUUUUGUAAUUAUUUCAUGUAAGAUAAGAUGUAAUUAUAUUUUAUGGAAAUGUUUGAAAUAGCUAAAUAAAUAGAUGUCGUUUUAGAAAUGUUGAA